CACGUUUUUCACAUAGUGGGAAAUCAUGUGAGGGCAGGAUGCCGACCCAAUCAAACAAGCGGGUUUGGCCAGUGACGACGAGCGAUCGAAGAUGCUGGAUCCCGAGAGCGAGCCGGUCCUCAAGUACGAGCGCAUUGGCGGCCACUUCCAGACGCUCUUUCGAGAUGAUGCGCUGAGCUGCAUCGCGGUGCACCUCAACUUUGUCUGCGUCGGGACAUACGAAGGCCAUGUGCUCCUCCUCGAGCUCAACGGGCGCUACGUGCGUCGGCUCCACAAGCACCACAAGAAGGUCCAGGAGAUCUCGAUCGACGAAACGGGCCAACACAUCGUAUCGAGCUCGGACGACGGGACCGUUGCCGUCUACUCACUGCUCCCGAUCUCGAGCGACGACGGCGUCCGCGUCGCAAUCCCCAACGCGGGCGGCGAGGUCAACAUUUACAACUUUUACUCGGCUGUCUACUCUGCGCAGCUCGAAACCAUGUACGCAUCGAAGCGCGAGCGCACGUUUGCUUGUGGCGGCAUUAGCGGCCAGCUUAUCCUCAACAAGAAGGGCUGGAUCAUCGACAAGGAGACGACGGUCCACGAGGGCGAAGGCCCCGUGCACUCGAUUCGGUACCAUGAUAAUCUCCUCGCGUGGGCCAACGACUGGGGCGUCAAGGUCUACGACACGUCGACCGAGUCGCGCGUCACGUACAUUGAACGUCCGCAGAACUGCCCGCCUUUUGAGCUCUGCAAGGCGCACCUCGAGUGGCACACGACGACGACCCACGGCCUCUGUCUUCUCAUUGGGUGGGGUCCCACACUGCGCGUCGUCAAAUUCUCGUUUUCUGGCCACGGCGCGCCCGACGCCCCGGAAAAAGCCGCGUUUGGUACGAUUUCGGCCGAAGUUGUUGCGUUCCUGACCUUUGACUUUUUCGUCGCGGGCCUGGCGCCGUGGAGUGAGGCGUCCGCGGCGCUCCUCGCGUACCGCCCGCCGGGAUCGGCGCCGCCAACGACCGUCGGGAAGGAGCGCGGCGAAGGUGCGGCCGAGACGCUUCCAUGCCCCGAAGUGCAUCUCGUGCGCUUUGACGGCCAGCCUCUCGCGGCGGACGUGCUCCAGAUCAAGGGUUACGACAAGUUGCGGGCGUCCGACUACCGGCUAGCGUCGCUGGCGUUUGGGAGCAACCAGCGCGUCUUGUACCUCUGCGCGCCGAGAGAUGUGGUGCUCUGUCGGCGCCGUGACGUCGACGACCGUGUCGCGUACGCUUUGGCGUCGCGCUUGUAUGAGGCGGCGCUGAACAUUGCGCUCACGGACGUGGCGAGUCUCCAAAAGCACGCGCUGGACGAGCUGGUCGAGUACUACCUCGGCGAACUCAUUCUCUCCAAGGCGUUUGCGAAAGCGGCGGACGUGUGCCACCAGCUGCUCGCGGGCCACCUCUGGGAAAAGUACGUAUACGUCUUUGCGCAGAAAGGCGCGCUGGGCGCGAUUGCCAAGUACAUGCCGACGGCCAACCCACGCUUGCCGUCGAGCCAGUACGAGAUGGUGCUCACGCACUUUCUCGAGACGGACCCGGCGUCACUCCUCGAGAUCAUCCGCAAGUGGCCCAAGCCGCGCCUCCACGACAAGCUGCCCGUGCAGUCGAGUCGCGAGUACAUUGAGAGCGCGUCGCCCUUCGAACCGCUCUAUGACGCCGACGCGUGGAUCAACCAGCUUGAGACGACGGUGCGCCGGCGCCGGCUUGCGGAAGCCGACCACAUGAGCAUGGAGACAGCUUUCCUCAUGGAAGCGCUUGCGGAGCUCUACACGGCAACUGAGCAGUAUGACCACGCGCUCCGCAUCUACCUUAGCCAGGGCUCCAUGUGCUUCAACAAGGACCACGCGUUCAAGCUCAUCGUCGAGCACAACUUGUGGGACUCGGUGCAAAACAAGGUCGUCAACCUCAUGCUCAUCGAUCGCGACGCGGCGCUGCGCAUGCUCGUCCACCAGAUCAAGUCGGACGAGCUCAAGGUCCACGCGAUCGUCAAGCAGUUGGAGCACAAGCGCGAGCUCCUCCACGAGUAUCUCCACAACCUCUUUGUGCACCGCCUCGUCGACUACAACACGGACAAGUACUCGUCGUUGCACGAGAUGCAGGUGGCGCUCUACGCCGAGUUUGCGCCGCACGUGCUCCUGCGCUUUCUGCAAACGAGUUCGUUUGUGCCCCUCGAAAAGGCGUACAAGUUUUGCUCGGAGCGGUCGCCGCCGCUCUGGGACGCGAUGGUGUUUAUCCUCGGCCGCAUGGGCCAGCACAAGAAGGCGCUCGACUUUAUCAUGACGCAGCUCAAGAACGUCAAGCAAGCGAUCCAGUUUGUCGAGGACCACGACAGCGCGCUGUGGGACUACCUGAUUGAGAUCUCGCUCACGCACACCGAGUGCAUGGAGGAGCUGCUCGAGUACGCGUGCGACCACAAGAUUGACCCGACCAAGGUCAUGCAAAAGAUCCCCCAAGACAUGGAGAUCGCGGGCUUGAAGGACAAGGUCCUGCAGAUCAUCACCAACUACCGCAUCCAGAUGAGCUUGUACCGCGGCUGCACCAAGGUCUUCGAGACGGACCGCAUCGAACACCUUCGUCGGCUCGUCGUCGCGCGCAAGAAGCCCCGGCGCGUGACGCUUCAGACGUCCUGCGGUGUCUGCUCCCUCCUCCUCAAGCAGUCGCUACCCAUGAGCACCGCCAAGCAUGUGUGCAUCUUUGAGUGUGGUCAUGCCUAUCACAUGGCGUGUCUCGAGGAGAAGACCAUGUUGUGGAAGGCACACGACGAUCCAAUGCGAGGUCAACUUUCCGAACCCGGCUGCUUCCUCUGCGACCACGCCGCAGGCCAGCGUCGUCACGACGCCGUCGAGUCGAGCACCGUUGCGACGACCAAGGGACUGACCGAGGUGCAGCUGGAGGCGGCUCGCGACACAUUGCUUCAAGUCACGCCAUAAUAGCAGUAUAAAAAAGCGCUCUACGAGCGACUGUUAUCGAGUGUGUAUUAUAGCACUAUGGACAAGCGGUCG